GGGGGGGAGGGUGUGAUUGCAUCGGUGCUGACUGUGAACUCCGUGCCACUGUAGCAACGGACGUAUUUAGCUUCCACGGCAGCCCGCCUCGCAGGAAGCGGCUCACGGUCGACGCCUGGCAGUAUCCAUCCCCCCCCCUUCGCUGGCCUCUGAUACUGCAUCGUCAUCGUCUUGAAGCAGAUCGGCCAACCACCGUCACGAUGCCGGUCAUCAACGUAGGGACGUCGGCGGACCCCGUCGUCACCCGCCUGGUCGCGGAGGAUAAGGUGGUGUGGUACAAGAAGCCGAACCUGCGGCGCAUGUACAUCUUCCUCUUCCUGUGCUGCAUGGGCGUCGAGAUGACCUCGGGCUUCGACUCGCAGCUCAUCAACACGCUGCAGUACGCCCCGACCUUCCACCAGUACCUGGGCAAUGGACGCAAGGAUGCCAAAGGUAACUACGCCAUCGAGCCGGGCCUGCUCGGCUUCGUCAACUCGUGCUACCAGCUCGGGUCCAUCUUCGCCGUUCCCCUGGCCCCGUGGUUCGCCCAGCGCUUCGGCCGGCGAUGGUCCGUCAUGCUCGGCUCGUGGGUCAUGGUCGUUGGGGCCAUUCUCCAGGGCUUUGCCCAGCACGUCGCCAUGUACAUCAUCGCCCGCAUGAUCCUCGGCAUGGGCAUCCUGUUCUGCAUCGUCUCGGGCGCCGCCCUGCUCGGCGAGCUGGGCCACCCCAAGGAGCGCGCCGUGCUGACGUCGCUGUUCAAUUCUUCCUACUUCAUCGGCCAGAUCACUGCCUCGGCCAUCGCGAUCCGCACCCCCGACCUGCCCGGCAACUGGGCCUGGCGCGUGCCCUCGCUGCUCCAGAUCUGCCCGUCGCUGCUGCAGAUCUUCACCAUCUUCUUGGUCCCGGAGUCACCGCGCUACCUGAUCUCGCAGGACCGCGACGACGACGCCCGCGACGUGCUCGUCAAGUACCACGCCGAGGGCGACGCCAGCUCGCUGCUCGUGCAGGCCGAGAUGGUGCAGAUCCGCGAGACCAUCCACACGGAGAAGGAGGUGUCGCGCCAGUCCUGGUGGGAGCUGCUCCGGUCGGCCGGCAUGCGCCGCCGCGUGCUCAUCAGCAUCUUCCUCGGCAUCUUCACGCAGAUGUCGGGCAACACGCUGCUGUCGUACUACUCGGGCAAGCUCUUCGACAUGAUGGGCUUCACCGCCGAGGACACCAAGACGCGCAUCAACCUGGCCAACGCCUGCUGGGGCUUCAUCAACGCCACCACGCUCGCGCUCAUCAUCACGCGCUUCCGGCGCCGCGUCAUGUUCAUGGUCUCGGCGACGAGCAUGUGCCUGGUCUUCAUCGCCAUGACGGUCUCGCUGCAGCGCAUCCAGGUGGCGCAGGACGCGGGCACGACCAACCAGGCGGCCGGCAUCUCGGGCCUGUUCUGGUACUUUGCCUACUCGCCCUGCUACAACCUGGGCAACAACGCGCUCACGUACACGUACCUGGUCGAGCUGUGGCCCUACUCGCACCGCAGCCGCGGCAUCGGCGUCCAGCAGAUCUUCGGCAAGCUCGCCGGCUUCUUCUCCACCAACGUCAACUCCAUCGCCCUCGACGCCAUCAAGUGGAUCUACCUGGCCAUCUACUGCGGCUGGAUCUUCUUCGAGCUGUGCAUCGUCUACUGGCUGUACCCCGAGACCAGCGGCCGCACCCUCGAGGAGCUGGCCUUCCUGUUCGAGGACAGCAGCCUCAACGAGCGCACCGUGUCGGCCGUCGAGAAGCAGAUCCACUACGGCGACGCCCACGAUGUCAAGCACGACGAGGGCCAGCCCGUGGCCGAGGUCAAGAGCGUCGUGUAGGCUCGGGACAGGGACAGGGACAGGGAGGAGGACAACUCACGGAUGGGAAUGGCUGGCUUGGCGGUGCAGGAGCAGUUCAGCUGUGUGGACUGUGGAGCAUACUUUCUGCGUGUGAAUUCUCGUUGCUUAUGGAGAAUUGAUUAAU